AUGAGAAUAGCUAUCGUAGGUGGUGGAGGCUUCGCGGCUAUCCUAGCCCAUCAUAUCACGCAAAAUGCGAACCCCGUAAUCAUCCUGUCAAGAGAAUCAAAACCAGAGCUGGAAGAACGCUACGACUGUCAAGUUGCAGUAGUAGACUACGACGAUGCUGAAAGCCUCCGUUUCGCCCUCAAGGGCAUCGACCUCGUCAUCUCGACGAUACGCGGCCAGGAGCAAAUUAACGUCAUCCACGCCGCGCGCCACGCCCGCGUCCGCCUCUUCGUCCCCGCAGAGUUUGAAGGCUCGAUAUCCCACCGCCCAUCAUCCGGCCAAGACCUACUUGACUACGGUUCCUCCGAAGCCAUCGAGCUCCUGAAACACUGCGCCAGUUCAAAGUCUCGCAAGAUGGAGUACACAGUCUUCUCCUGCGGUGUCCUGUACGAGCGCUUUGCGCCGGGCGGGUUGGCGGAGUACGGCAUGGGAGCCCGCGCUACGAUUGGGAGUCAGGGAGUCUACCUUGUCGAUGUCGGGAACGCGUCCGCGGAUAUUGUUGAGACGAACGGCUCUGGGCGGCCUGUGCAGGUCUGCAUGACCUCCGUUGCCGAUGUGGCUCGGUUCGUUGCCGCUGCCAUUGAGCUGGGCCCUGGCACGUGGCCCCGCGAGUUCAAGAUGAGAGGGGAUAGGAUGUCGGUUCGAGACAUAUUUGCAAAGUGCAGUAACGUGAGAGGUGGUGAGUGA